AUGACUGGAAACAAGAAAGUUCAGGCAGAAGCUGAAAACUUGGCUAAGAAACUACAGAAUAAAGUGUCUAUUUCACAGAAUAUAUAUAACCAAAAGUCAACAAUGCAGUCCACAGACGUGACUAACAACGCAGCAAUAUUAGCGAGCGUUAGACGUGUGACCACCCCAAAACCUCAGGUGCCUCCGCAACGUAAUCAUGAAAAUGAUGGCAGACGCCAAGAAGAAGCUGUUACGCAAUUAGAAAAAGAUGCAUACGAGGCAAAUAGAAGGUAUCAGGCAUACAUGUCUAGUACAAUCACUACAUCUAGCCAAGGUUUCCAAACAAGCUCAGAAAUUGUGGGAAAUCCCAGUCUUGAUGGCCAGGCGACCGGAUGGGCAAAUGAAACGCUACCGCCAAUACAACCGACGACGGUUUAUUACCCGUGCGAAGACGUACGAUUAAAAGAGGAUCGAACACCGCAACAAGCGCAAUUUAAAAGUCGGUUCGCCCAUGUAUAUUCGGCAGAAUAUACAAACUCGAAUCGAGCACCACGAACGGGAUGGUCAUCCCGAGGAUACAGAAGUGGAAGAGGGCGAGCGAGAGGAGGAAGACCAUACCUGGCGGCUGAUCAACAGAGUAGAAGAUGGGAAGACCACGAUAAUCAGCUGAACAAUAUAAGCAACAAUGAGCGCAGACGCGCAAGACCACCAGGAAGAGGUAGACAACGGACAGAUACCCUGUUGCAACUACCAGUCAUCAGACGACCAAAUGGCACAGUCAUGACAGACUCAUUAGGGAAAGAAAUACAAGGCGAGAUGUUACGCAAUGAGCACUGCUUCAUCAAAAUAGAAAGUUGUAGCGGCGCUACAUUUGAAAAUCGUGAUCCACAUUUGUCAAUAAACCCUUGGUCGCUGUUUUUAACCGGGUUUUAA